AUGAGGAUAACGGUAUCCUCACUACUGGGCUCUACGCUCUUAUUGGCCUCUACUGCAGUUGCAGACGAUGUUCUCAGGACCGAGGGCUUCAGCAACUGUGCUGCCAAUACAGACGUCAGUGUCCAGAAGGUCAACAUCGAGUACAGCAAAGGUGCAAACGUCGUCAACUUCGACGUCGCUGGUACCAGUCUGAAGGAACAAAAGGUCACGGGUACCAUCAUCGUGACUGCAUAUGGUAAAGAGGUUUAUAAGAAAGACUUUGACCCUUGUGACGAGGCGAACAAGGUGGAUCAAAUGUGUCCAAUUCCACAGGGGCAUUUCUCAGCCAGCGGCAUUCAGAGCAUUCCUGAAGAAUACUUAAACAAGAUCCCUGCCAUCGCUUUCACCGUUCCUAACCUCGAUGGAAUGGCAACACUUGAAUUAAAGACUAAGGAUAGUGGUGAAAUUCUCUCAUGUAUCCAAUCCACAGUCAACAAUGGCAAGAGUUUCGAUGUUGCCGCGGUGUCCUAUGUCACCGCAGGUAUGGCUGGAGCCGCACUUGUUCUCUCCGGUCUGACCGCCCUGGGUGCAGCGGGCAACCCGGGUACUCCUACGCCGAGUCCUACAUUCGGUGAGACUAUGGGAUGGUUCCAGGGCAUUGCUCUGAACGGCAUGAUGUCGGUCAAGUACCCUCAGGUCUAUCAAAGUUUCAGCCGGAACUUUGCCUUCAGCUCGGGUCUGGUCACUUGGGACGGUCUGCAGACAAGUAUCGACAACUUCCGUGCAAAGACUGGUGGUAAUCUUACUGAAGACAGCGUGGCCUACCUCCGAAACUCUACACUAGUAUACACAAAGAACACGGUGAGCAAGCGCAGCCUCGACUCGCUGUCUCUGUUUGGCAGAGACGAUCUACAAGUCGGUUCCGACAACAACACUGACGCCGGUGCUCAAGAAAGCGAAGGAAAGAACCAACACUUGGUUGCCAACAUACAGGGCUACGUCGAAGCGCUUACUAUCCCACAAGCCAACACCUUUAUGACCAUCCUCUUGGUUUUUGCCUGUGUUGUUGGUGCCAUUAUCGUCGGCAUACUGCUAUUCAAAGUCAUUCUCGAGACUUGGGCUCUCUUUGGCACGUUCCCCAAAGGCCUCACUGGCUUCAGGAAACGGUACUGGUGGCUCGUGGCCAAGACUAUCACCAACUUGAUUCUUAUCCUUUACGGCGUGUGGGUUUUGUACUGUGUCUACCAAUUCACCAAUGGCGAUUCCUGGGCAGCAAAGACACUAGCCGGCGUCACCCUCGCUAUGUUUACCGCGGUCCUCGGAUUCUUCACGUUCCGCAUCUACCAGCUUGCAAACAAGUACAAGAGGUCUGAAGGCGACGUGUCCGGCUUGUACGAGAACAAAGACACAUGGAUCAAGUACAGCUUGUUUUAUGACAGCUACAAGAAGAGCUACUGGUGGAUCUUCGUUCCCGCAAUCAUUUACAUGUUUGCCAAGGGCUGUGUUAUUGCAGGUGCCAACGGCCACGGACUUGUCCAAACUGGUGGUCAGAUCAUCAUUGAGUCCCUACUGCUAGGUCUUCUCUUGUGGUCUCGUCCAUAUACUCUAAAGUCUGGCAACUGGAUCAACAUCUUUAUCCAGGUUGUUCGUGUACUGUCUGUCGUCUGCAUCCUGGUCUUUGUUGAGGAGCUUGGUCUUUCCCAAACCACUCAAACCGUUACCGGCGUUGUUUUGAUUGUUGUCCAGUCCACAUUGACAGGUGCUCUUGCGAUCCUCAUUGCAGUCAAUGCCAUCAUUAUGUGCUGCAAGGACAACCCACACAGGAAGAAGAGAAAGGAGGCCGGUAUUAUAGAAAAACUCAACCGUGAUCUCGACAACCUCACUCCUCUCGAUGCGCGCAACUCUCUCCUUAUGGACACGACCGAGUACAAAGGCCAUGACGACAGCCGUCAUCCCAUGGUGUCCGCUGCUCCUCUAAACCACAACGGCUACGACUCGGUCGACCAUCUUGAUACGUCAUACCGUGACCAUGACCACGAUCGUCAUACUCGCAACCCAAGCGAGACGCGCCGUGGCCUACUUGAUGAAGCCGCAAGCUUUGGUGGUCGGGGUUCACACAGGAGCAUCAGUCCACCAGCAACACGCGUCCCACGGUUGCCCGACAUCGAGAUGGGACCACCGCAAGGCGGCUUUCGAGGCCAGGCCUACUAG